CCGGCGCCGGGGGGGGGGCGAACGAGCGCAGUGACGCAGUUUGUAUACGCGGUGAGCGGCCUAGCGGAGCCGAGACCGGGAACCCGCUUCGUCGGCUUCACUAUGGACUUAGCGGCGACAUGGAGACCAUAGAUCCCAGUGCUGUGUGUUGUUCCACGCUUGGAUUAAAUGUGGACUGUUUCUUUGCUUCUGCUCCCUAUGACACUUGGUGGUGAGCUACAAUACAGUGAAAAUUGAUAGCUUGUUCAUCUGUGAGCUUCCAGCCAAAAAAAAUGAUGGAGCUGCCCAAUAUAACCAAGGACAUCAUUCAACGCCAGAUAAAGGAGCGGAACACUCUGCAGUUUGAGCGGCGAUACCAUGUCAUUGAUCCAUUCAUCAAACGAUUGGGCCUGGAAUGUGAGCUUGAGGGUCACUCUGGUUGUGUGAACUGCCUGGAAUGGAAUGAAAAGGGCGAUUUGCUGGCCUCUGGAUCAGAUGAUCAGCACACUAUUCUCUGGGAUCCUUUCAGCUCCAAGAAACUGCUGACUAUGCACACAGGGCACACUGCUAAUAUAUUCACAGUGAAGUUCCUUCCCCACUCGAAUGACCGCACACUGAUCACUGGGGCUGCUGAUUCCAAAGUGCAUGUCCAUGACUUGACUGUAAAGGAAACUGUUCACAUGUUUGGCGAGCACACCAACCGGGUGAAGCGAAUUGCAGCGGCUCCCAUGUGGCCCAGCACAUUCUGGAGUGCAGCAGAGGAUGGAACAGUCAGACAAUAUGAUCUCAGAGAGAGCAGCAAGCGCUCACAGAUACUGGUGGACCUCACGGAAUACUGUGGACAACAAGUGGAGGCCAAGUGCCUGGCCAUUAAUCCUCAGAACAACAACUAUCUGGCUGUUGGGGCAAGUGGGCCCUUUGUUCGUGUCUAUGAUGUUCGCAUGAUUCAUAAUCAUAGAAAAGCAGUAAAGCAAAACUCAGUGCCUGGCGUGCAUACAUUCUGUGACAGGUACAAAUCUGUGCCAGAUGGAGCUGUUCAGUAUUAUGUAGCAGGUCAUCUCCCAGAUUAUAAUAACCGUCUUCGUGUGCUUGUGGCCACUUAUGUGGCCUUCAAUCCUGAUGGAACUGAACUCUUGGUCAACAUGGGAGGGGAGCAGGUUUAUUUGUUUGAUCUAACAAACAAGCAAAAGCCCUACACAUUUUUGCUACCCAAGAAGUGCCACUCUAAUGAUUUACAGAAUGGAAAAUCGAUGGCCAAUGGAGUUACAAAUGGAAUCCAUCUCCAUAGUAAUGGCUUUAGGCUGUCAGAAGCAUGGCCACAAAGUAGUGUUCCCUACGAAUUGUCACCACACUUAGAAAAACUGAAACAGCAAGCAAACGAUGCCUUCUCUCGGCAACAAUGGACACUGGCCAUUCAGCUUUAUAGUAAAGCCAUUCAGCAAGCAGCCAGAAACCCCACGCUUUAUGGCAACAGAGCUGCAGCCUUCAUGAAGCGCAAAUGGGAUGGAGACCAUUAUGAUGCUCUCAGAGACUGUCUGAAAGCAAUUUCUUUGAACCCCUCCCAUCUAAAGGCCCAUUUUCGUCUGGCACGUUGCCUGUUCGAGUUGAAGUAUGUUGCUGAGGCUCUGGAGUGCCUUGAUGACUUUAAGGGCCGUUUUCCUGAACAAGCCCAUAGCAGUGCCUGCGAUGCACUAGACCGAGAUAUCAAGGCUGUGCUCUUUGCAAAGAAUGAUAACUCUGAUGAGAAAAAGACAGGAUCUACAACCCCAAUCCGAGUCCGAUCAAGUGCUAGGAAAGAUUCCAUCUCUGACGAUGAGGUGAUUCUGAGAGAGAGAGGUUACGAUUAUAAGUCGCGCUAUUGUGGCCAUUGCAAUACUACUACAGACAUCAAAGAAGCCAACUUUUUUGGAAGUAAUGGUCAAUACAUCGUCAGUGGUUCUGACGAUGGAUCGUUUUUCAUCUGGGAGAAAGAGACAACAAACCUCGUUCGUGUUCUGCAGGGAGAUGAAUCGAUAGUGAACUGUCUCCAACCUCACCCAAGGCACUGCUUCCUCGCAACAAGUGGCAUUGAUCCUGUGGUUCGUCUAUGGAGUCCAAGACCAGAGAGUGAAGAUCAAAACGAAAGAGUGAUUGAGGACAUGGAAGGGGCUUCACAAGCAAACCAACGACGAAUGAACGCAGACCCAUUAGAAGUAAUGCUUUUAAAUAUGGGGUGCAGGAUUACUGGACUGUCCAACAGUGGAAUGGCCUCAGAUGAUGAAGAAAACUCCGAUGGCCAAGUGCAGUGUCGGCCGAGUUAAGAAGCGACUGGAAGAACAGCGCACUUGGGACAGACCAGCAAACAACCAUCAGUUUAGUGUCCGUGGCUGAAACACUACACUGUCCUCAGCUACACAUAAGCCAUGUUCAAGAAGCAGUGACAGGGUUUGCGUCCUUUCUAACGUCUGUCUCACUCUCAUAUGGAUGGACCCUAUACCAGGCUUCAGCAAUGUUGCAGCCCUCUAGUGAACUGGGUCAAAGCUGACCUGAGACACAUAACAGGAGACAAAUUGUUUCCGGUGACUGAGAAAGACAUGUUUGAUAAGCAGAACAUUUUGUAAAUUGUUUAGAUGCUGCUUUCAGUUUGUAUAAAUGCUUCCUCUUCUAUCAUAUUCAGUCCCUUCAUGGUGACAGUCCAUCGGCAACAGACAGUCAUAUUGUGGUAAAGCAAAUUCUGUUAACAAACCUUGGUCACAGUUUGAGUCUGUGUUUCCAAAUGCAGUUUUCAUUGUAGAGGGUCACUGUCCUUGAUAAGGCCCUUAGCUAACACUUAUGUCCAUCUCAGGCCAGUUAUAGAGUGGGAAGUUAAGUAACUGAGCAUGUUAGGUGAACCAGGCAUGCUGAUGUAGGGUCAUGGGAAGCAACCCAAUUGCAUUUGCUGUGAGAUUGACAGUAACUAUAAAGGAUGAGCUUGAUUCAGGAGUACCUCAAUACAGGGCCUGUUAACAAUCUGAGUGGGUUUCUCCCCAUAUACAUUGCCCCAACUCCCUCCUCACCCCUCGAACCCGCACCUUCCCCCUCCUCUCCUCUUGGCCUUCCCCACCCCUACUCUUUCCUCAGCCUCUGCCACCCCUCCUCUCCCCUCGAACUCCCCACCCCCCUCCUCUCCCCUCAAACACCCCACCCCCUCCUCUCCCCUUGAACACUAUCCCCUGCUCUCUCCUCGAACAUCCUGGCUCCUCCUCUCUCCUCGAACACCCUGGCCCCUCCUCUCCCCUUGAACACCCACCCCCCUCCUCUCGAACACCCUGGCUCCUCCUCUCCACUUGGACACCAUCCCCUCCUCUCCACUCGAAUACUCGCCACUGCCCUCUCCUCGAACACCCUGUCCCCUCGAACACCCACCCCCUCCUCUCCCCUUGAACACCCUGGCUCCUCCUCUCCCCUCGAAUACUCGCCACUGCUCUCUCCUCGAACACCCUGGCCCCUCCUCUCCCCUUGAACAUCCCCUACCCUUCUCUCCUUGAACACCUCGUACACCCCCUACCUCUCUUACCUCAAGCACCCCAGCCACACCUCUCCCCUCGAACACCCCAGCCACACCUCUCCCCUCGAACACCCCGGUCCCUGUUCUCCCCUCGAGCACCCCAGUCACACCUGUCCCGUCGAACACCCACCACUCCUUGCCCCUCGAACACCCCCUACCCCUCUCCCCUCAAACACCCCACCCCUUCCUCUGCCCUCAAACACCCUGGCCCCUCCUCUCCCCUCGAACACCCCAGCCACACCUCUCCCCUCGAACACCCCAGCCACACCUCUCCCCUCGAACACCCCAGCCUCACCUCUCCCCUCGAACACCCCAGCCACACCCCUCCCCUCGAACACCCCAGCCACACCUCUCCCCUCGAACACCCCAGCCACACCUCUCCCUUCGAACACCCCAGCCACAUCUCUCCCCUCGAACACCCCAGCCACACCUCUCCCCUCAAACACCCCAGCCACACCUCUCCCCUCGAACACCCCACCCCUCUCCCCUUGAUCUACCCCCCUCUCCUUAUGGCCUUUAAUGCACCAAGUCUGUGAUUAUCAUCUGCUCUCCAAUACUUGGAAUGUCCAGUGCUCCUAAUAAGGAAUCCCUUGGUUUGUAUUAAAGAGCCAAAUCUUAGUCCUUUUAGGAUCUUGGAAUAAUGUCAUCUUUGACAGAAGACUAGAAUAUGCAGUGUGGAUUUGUUACCUUUUGGUUUCUUUUUACUGCCUGCACCACUCGGUUGAGGCGAUGUAUGCACUUAUUUAAAUAUCGUGUUACCAGCUUUGCAUAAAUGCAGCACUAUCGAUGGUGGAGCAGGGAGGGGUGAUCUGUCAGUCUCAUUCUAAUUCCUCAUUUUUGUUUUCAAAAAAGAGGAGGAACUUUUAUUGGGUAUUUAAAAGUUGUGGAGUGAGGUAGAGGAGAAAGUUUCACCUCUGGGAGAGGUCAUGUGAAAUGCUGGCUGGAAUGUGUCUGGAGAUGGUGGGAAGCUAACAUCCAUUUUAUUAGAGCAUAGAAUGGAACGUAUGACAGGCGUGGUGGAGUUGGUAAGCAAACUAUAUUUCCACUUCUGAGAUAGCGCUGAAAUCUAACACUGAGGAAAUUCGCUGCCUCAGCGAGCGUCUUGGUUGGUUCCACUUGAACUGAAUGAAGUAUUACACAGAAACUAAUGAUUUGGGACAGGAAGACGGAUGGUGUGCAAAGUGGAAUAUCUUGGAGCUGACAAAGUACUGUGCUUUGUUGUAGUUUUCUCAGUACAAGGGCACUUAACUGUGGGUGUAUAGUGGAAGACAACAAAUUGUACGCUCAAUGUGCAAAAGAGGUCUGAUUCAUUCAGUCUUUGCUGCCAAUGAGUGUACAGUACAGAGGGUGUUUGAUUUACUGACACCAUCACUUUCUGUACAAGCAAAUUCAUCACUUGUAUAGGCUGUUUGCUCGAGACAAGUCUUCUUCAAUGACACCCAGUGUUCACUUACUGCUGAAUUGGAAAUGGAUUCAUGUCACUGCUACAUCCAUUUACUUUGAAGGUCACUAAUUUAUUACUUUCACAAGAUUGGAAGAAAUUAUUGGUUCCAGUCCACAAAAAUGGGUCAAAAGGGUCAAAAGCCCCCAUCAUCUGCACAAUGAUGGCUUAGUCGCUGAUCACUUCAAAUUACUGACCCAGUAAUUUUACUUUUCUGCUUAAAUGCUCACUUAAACUGAUGAAAUAGGUGAGGUGUUAAAUUAUUUAAGAUACAUUUCUUGAAAUUCUCCAUAGGAUCUACAAUUAGUACUUGACCAGGAGAAGAUUGAGAUAUUGUCAGAAUCCAAAGUUAACUGCCAGCUGCUCCCACUAUCAGCCAUAAUGUCUAUUGCUGAAUUGUUAAUAGUUAAGUAUAAUUUAGGUAUGACGUGGUUAUGAAUCAGAAUUUUUCAGUAUAAAAUCCUGCCUGGGUCUUUUGCUCAUUUGCAGUUGUUUGAGACUCUUGAACUGAAGCUGUAACAUGCGUGGCACUGGGAUUACUUUCAACUGGCUUAUUGGCUGAGUCAUUGUGGUGAGAUUAGUGGGUCAGUAAUUGCAAAUCCACCAACUCAAGAGUUUGGUGCCAAUUGUAUGUUUAAACCUCACACAAUUUGUUGCUCCUGUUCUUGUCUGUGUAUUGAUGAUGACUUGCCUGUGGGAAGCUGCUAACUAUAAAAUUAAAAUGUUGCUCCAGAGUGUUGAGUUUUGCCAGCAUUAAAUGGCCAAUUUAGCAGAGUGUUGGUUUUUCUAUAAUUCCUAAUUCUAAAUGGACUACUGCUUUCAACAACCUUGUUACUCCUCAUGUCAGUGCAAUAAAAGCUCAAACCCCAGUAAUGUGGUCAUUAAAUACUGAAGUUUUACCCAUG